AUGUUGGCCAGAAUCGUUGAUGAGAAAAUUGCAACCGCUCUGAUCCUCGAGGACGAUGUUGAUUGGGACGUCCGCGUGAGACAACAGAUGGCUCGGAUUGUACAGCAAUUUCAGCAAGACCAGUCAUCAUUAACGGAAGAUUGGGAUGUUCUGUGGUUGGGCAACGUCGGAGAGCGGUUCCCAAAGGAUGACGAGCGUAAAAUUGUGUUUCAAGACCCAACUGUUCCGUCGCGCCAGAAUCUGAGUCCUGGGUUCAACUCUGUCAAGGCCUUUCCGGACCAGUCUCGUGUCAUACACCCCAGCGACUUUCCCCUUUGCACUUAUGCGUACGCUGUGAGUUAUGCUGGAGCUCAAAAAGUCUUGUAUCAUGGCGGAGUGGACAGAGUUGUUAGCAACUUUGACACUGAUCUAGCAAACAAUUGCUGGCUCUAUAUGAACUGCAUUAGUAUUACACCACCGAUAUUUCAUUUCGACAGAAACAAAGGAAUGGAGAGAGACUCGGAUACCGAUCAGGCCUUUGUAAAGCACAAUCAGGAGCCCGGCUCAUAUAAGAACAUCGAGACCUCGGUCCGACUCUUGAUGAAAGAAAAAUUUGGUAAGCAGCCGCGAGAAGACAGGAUUUGGCGAGAUGUCAACAGCCACAGACUAAAUGUUGCCAGAGCGGGUGGCAUCUUCCUUGCCACGGCAGGAGUGUCACCGACCAACACAGCUCCAUUUUCGUGUCCAUCUCCGAGUUCAUCAUCCGACGCAGAUGUGCCUGUUGCUACGUCGGUGCCUGGUAUUCUCACUUGCCGCAGCAUCAGAUCUCGUAAUGGAGGUUUCAAGCCGCCACCGCCGUCCACGAUGAUGGAGGGUGAUAGGCAUUCGCCCUAG